CGCUCCAUGAACGAACGCCCGCGCAGCAGCUGUUGGGCAACUUGAGAGGAACCCAGAUGGCCCUCCUCCUCAUAAUCAUGGCUGGCCGCCCUCAGAUCAGAGGCCCUUUUCCCCCGUCAUCAUUGCCCUGGAGGUCUUUAUUAUAACCACAGCCUCUCUUGUCACCACCGCUUCUCUUCCACCUUGGAACUCGCUCCCGAGACACUGCCAUCAGCCGCCAGCAUGUUCCGAAUCCCCUACAUACGCUUCCUCGCCCGGAAAUGGAGACAUCCCAAGGUGCUCGUCUCCCUCUUCGUCUUCGAGCUGGCAGGAACCGUGGCCGCGUUGACGCUCUUCGGUAUCGCCGAUCCAGAUCUCUUCCGCACCGCCCUCUGGCAAGUCGGUUCAGACAAUGGCUUCAACUCGAGCCCGAAGCAGAUCCUAUACGCCUAUGCCAAUUACCGCCCGAUUCCCAAGACCCCAUUCGUCUGGUCACAAACGUUGACGUCUUAUAAUGUUGCCAUCUCAGUGCUCUGCACGUUCAUUCUGCUGGUUAAGGCCGUCAUGUUCGUCAUGCACAUCUGGUAUCCCAUCCUCUCAGUCCCCGUCAAUCUCGUCCUUACGGUCCUCUGGAUCGUCAGCUUUGCCGGACAAGCUGGGCCUGACCACUCGGAUCCGGAGCACCCUUCCAGUGUAGCCUGGUAUAUCAACAAGAGCUGUGACUAUGCAAUACCCUCCGGAAACAAGCACUACUGUCUGAUGGCCAAGGGUACAUUUGCCAUUACCGUAGUCAUGGCAUUCGUCUUCCUCCUCAACCUCCUCUUCGGCAUCUGGUCCAUGAUCCCCACGCCCGAGGAGCGCGCCACCCAGAAACUCGAAUCCGACGAUCUGCAACUGGGCGCCGCCUCCGCGUCCAAGCCUUCCGCAGGCAGGCACGGCGAGAUGAAGAGUAUCCCCGAGGUGUCCGCCGUGCCCUACACGCCUCGAACCCUGGCUUUCAAUACCUUGGACAGACAGCUCCCUCUCAGAUCGCAGAAUGAACAGUGGGCUUGAGAGAGGGAUGGUCUUGUGGCGUUGGGUGAAGCGGCGUAAUUUUUGUAUAUCUGCUGUGAGCCGGGAUGGUCGUGGGGUUAUGUGAUUAUGUGAUAUGUGAUACGGUACGGACUUUAUAGUUCUUCUUGGAGGGUUUCAGCAUCUUUUUUCUCUUGUCUAUCUAUUGACACUCUCUGGCUGUCUCAUCAUACAAGAUCACACUCGGUAAAUCCUCUAAACGAAACAAAUACUCUCAAAUUAAUAUUAGACUUAUCUCGAUUCCACGC